CAAGGUGACGCAAUCACAACAUCCAUGAUGGUUGACAUUUAAUGCGUUAGCAGACGAUGGUGUAUGUUUGGUAAAGCUUAAUUUAUAAACAAACGAAGAACUGUCAAUUGUGUUGAUAUGUCGCAAUAGAAGGCUUUCAUUUUGGAUAUUUAUGUAGAAUGUGCCGUGCAGUUGUGACGUGGUAAAAAUUCACUAAAGACUUUUCGGAACUUUGACUUUCAGAGCUCCUUGUGGAUCUUAUUAUUUUGGUGGUCGUGAUCAGUUUCUAAUUUCAGUACAAGACUUAAUUGUUUACCCUCUUUGUGUACGCUUUUUGCAAUCAUGUAACGUAGAAUUUGUCUGAUACUUCUUCACAUAAUCUCAGUUUAAAAAUUAUCAUAAGCUCAACUUAGCAUAUUUUGCUUUUGGUACAGUGGUUGUAAUUUUAAUCUUUAAAGUUCACGUAAUUUUAAGACUUGCUGUGAUUGUUCAAUAUGGCAGGGGUUGUUGAUCAGACCCCUAAUACAGCAGAAAGUGCUGCGAACCUUUUUGAAGCAGCUGAGAAUGCUCCAAGUCCUCAACCAGAUUAUUCAAGCAUAAGAGCCAAGACCGCUCUGGUGAGUCCAAAUGAAGAGCAGUAUGAAUUGCUCCUCAAGAUGAUCAAAGAACGAAUCGAAGAUGGUAGAGGAGAAACAAUCGUCGAUAUUGGCGUAGGAGUCGAUGAAGGAGAGAGCGGGCUAAAGGAGGAUGAGUACGCAGCCUCAGUGGCGACUCUGCAGUCUCUCGCAGCUACUCUGGACGCAGACUGUGUACUGCUACGUCAGAGCAAAUGUGAACAAGGACUAACAGGACAGUAUCUGGUUAGGCGGAGGGUUGUGCAACAGGACUUUCUGGAGAUCAGGGUUGCCGUGGUGGGCAAUGUAGACGCAGGAAAGUCCACACUGCUAGGUGUGUUGACUCACGGAGAGCUGGACAACGGCCGAGGACACGCUCGGCUGAAAUUGUUCAGGCACAAACAUGAGAUGGAGUCUGGGCGUACCAGUUCAGUCGGCAACGAUAUACUCGGUUUCGACAGCAUGGGCAAUGUUGUCAACAAGCCUGAGCAUGGCUCGCUGGACUGGGUCAAGAUUUGUGAGAAGUCGUCCAAAGUGAUCACCUUCAUAGAUCUUGCAGGACAUGAGCGUUACCUCAAAACAACGGUGUUUGGCAUGACAGGGCAUGCACCCGACUUCGGCAUGCUUAUGGUGGGAGCCAACGCAGGUAUUGUUGGUAUGACCAAGGAACAUCUUGGCCUGGCACUGGCAUUGUCCGUGCCUGUGUUUGUGGUAGUCACCAAGAUAGACAUGUGUCCUCCCAACGUACUUCAGGACACUCUACGACUCCUGGUAAGGAUACUCAAGAGCUCCGGCUGCCGUAAAGUGCCCGUCAUGGUCAAGAGCAGCGACGACGUCGUCAUCAGCGCUACCAACUUUGUGUCAGAAAGGCUAUGUCCAAUCUUUCAAGUGUCUAACGUGACCGGAGACAACCUAGAUCUGCUCAAGAUGUUCCUCAACUUGUUGACAACAAGGAUGGCAUCUCAUGACAACGAUCCAGCAGAGUUCCAGAUUGAUGACACUUAUUCUGUUCCUGGUGUUGGAACGGUUGUAUCUGGCACUACCCUAAAGGGAGUGAUUCGUCUGAACGACACACUGAUGCUUGGCCCCGACCCCCUCGGACAUUUCAUCCCCAUCGCAGUCAAGAGCAUCCACCGCAAGCGGAUGGCAGUGAGGGAGGUCCGAGGUGGACAGACUGCUUCUUUCGCACUCAAAAAGAUCAAGAGGUCACAGAUAAGGAAAGGCAUGGUGAUGGUGUCUCCUGCACUCAAUCCUCAAGCUUGCUGGGAGUUUGAGGGAGAGAUUCUGGUACUUCACCACCCCACCACUAUCAGUUCACGCUACCAGGCUAUGGUUCACUGCGGUAGCAUCAGACAAACUGCCUCCAUCUUAAGCAUGUCUGAGGAGUGUCUCAGGACAGGUGAUAAGGCCGUGGUCCACUUCCGCUUCAUCAAACACCCUGAGUAUCUGCGUGCAGGACAGCGCAUGGUGUUCCGUGAGGGCAGGACCAAGGCUGUGGGGAAUGUGCUGAGGAUCAUCCCACCCACCAACAACCAGCCUGGCCAGACUGCUAGAGUCAAACCCAACAAGAUGCUGUCCUCACAGCUUCCUCAUCAGCUGACACAGAACGGUCCGCCAGACAUUGAUUCACCAUUUGAGAUAACUGCCGACAAGAGAGAGAAUAUGCCUCAGAGGUCGGGGAAAAAGUCACGCGGUCGAAGGGGCGGAAGGGGGAGAUCCGGAGGUAAUUCUGCGUCCAAACCUCUCACCGAACAGAACCAGGUGGUUCCAGUCCGCCCGACGUCCAAAGUCUAACUCUACAGUAUUGUGUGUGAUCUCCGUUCGAGGCUUUGCCGCAAAAAUACAAGUAUAAAUGGUCAGCAUUGUUCUCGCCAAACGAGAUGUGUAAACGUUUAUUGCAUUGUUUAAAUGCAAAUUAAUUUUAUUUUGUCGUUCUUCGGACAGGAAACGUGUCAGUAAUUUUUUUUUCAGUUUGUUCCUUUGUCGGUAAGGAAAAAAUUAGCAUUAGGGAAAGAAAACUUUUAGGUAGAUUUAUUUUUGGAAUGUGAAUCAAGUGUUUUUUAAAGUUUGAUGGGUAAGUUUAGUCUUGUUUACUAAAGAUUAAUUACGGAUAUUUCAUUUGUGCUGACUCAUCAUGAGUAUUAUGGUAGACGUUACAUGCUUUCAUGUGACCAAUUUUAUUAGUAAAAUAAUUACAAAGAAAUAUAUUUCUAAAAUACAGUGUUUCAUCUUUUUAUCAUGACAUAGCAUUUUAAAGUGUAUCAAAAAUUAUUACAUCAUCAAUGUUAAUUAACUUAUUUUAAAGUUAAAUGUUUCCCAGUGCACAAUCUAAAAUAGAACAGCAAAUACCAAAUUUAAUUGAUAUUUUUGGUUUGUUAUACCUUUAUUUCUCUUAAUACAUGUGGGUUAGUAUUUUACUGGGGAAGUUUUUAGUUAGAAUCUUGUCCUUCUUUCACUGUGUUUAACAUGUAAAUAAAAAAAGUAGCAAAUAAAACUAUUGUUUGUUUAGUUUUAUUA